AUGACACCAAAACAUUCCAAGCCGGUCUCUCAGCCUUCAGAAAACGACAUGGAUAAUGUAAUCAAUCCCCAUCUGGACGAUAACAAAGGUUUAAUUCAUUCAAUGAACAAAGGUCCAACCAACAACACUGCCAAUCCAACCCCUUUCCCUUCUGUACACAACAGUCCCAAGGAUACCUACAACCGAUUACUCUCUCCCUUGACUUCAGAGCUUGAUCAAAUCAUCAAUGAUUUUGCUUCACAUCACACUUCUCCAAUUGCUUCACAUCACGCUUCUCCUAUUGCUUCAAUCCCGUCUUCUCACCACUCCGAUGAUUUCCAUCCUCUAUCUGAUACUCGCUCUCCAUCACCACUUCCUCCAGAGAAAAAAAACAUUCCAUCAAUUAAGCAGGCUGUUAAGGCAACUAAGAAAUGUAAGGCAUGCACUGAUGCCAUUGCUAAUCGACCAAUGAAACCAUUGGCUCCUAUUGAUGAUAGCCGACCUCGACGUAAGAAUCCAGCUGCUACUAUCAUUGGUAAUCGAGAUGAAGAACGAUUUUCAUUUUUAGAUCGCAAAGCUGAAGCCCGGGAGAAACGUGAAUCAAGCAGGCUUGAUGUCAAAGAGGCGCGUGAAUUAAAAAAGGACAAAGCUGAAAACUCUUUGGGUGAAAAAAAUUUGAUCUGGGAGAAAGAAAAAUUCAAAAGCAAAGCUCUUUCAUUACAAUUACAUCAAACAUCAAAAGCUACAAUGGAAGCUGAAAAGGCCGAUAAAGAUAUAGCAUGGCAGCGCGAGAAGUUUACAUUAGAGAAUAAUCUAUUGAUGAAAGCUGAGGAAGCUCGUGUAGAAACAGAAAGAAUCAAGAUUCGUCAAGAGGUUAUGGAAUCAUGUCAUGAAAAGAAUAUGUCUCCUGCUGCUAUCAAAGACUACUUGGAUCUCAUGUUUGCUAAGUAA